AUGUCAGCAAUAGACCCUGACUGCGGAGUCAACGCCAUCGUGAAUUACACCCUGGGAGAUGGAGCAGCUCGUCCCCAAUUUACUGUCAAGCCUGACAGCGGAGAGCUCUGUGUGGCCGCACCAUUGGACCAUGAAAUCAGUAGCGAUUUUGAGUUUCCUGUGGUUGCUACAGAUAGAGGGGGCCUGUCCACGACCGCUAUGGUGAAGAUCCAACUGCUUGAUAUAAAUGACAAUGUACCAACAUUCGCCGUGACGGACUACAAUGUCUCUUUGAAAGAAGGCAGGAUAUCAUCGAAUGAUCCUAUUGUAGCUGUGUCCGCCACAGAUGCAGAUUCGGGAAGAUUUGGUACUGUCACGUAUAGAAUUGUAAACGGUAAUGAUAACGAUGUGUUCAGAAUUGAUAGAGGAACAGGUGAAAUUCUUGUUACGAAACCUGCUUUGAUACAAGCUAAUGGCAAAUAUGAUUUGGAAGUGUCAGCAUCUGAUGGAGGCGGUCUCACUGCACCUCAAGGAGCUGUGGUGCACGUGAGUGUUAUGCCAGCUGGCGUUGGUUCGGCGUUGUUCGAUAAACCAAGAUACAACUUUCGUGUAAGAGAAGACGCUAGAAUUGGGGCUGUUGUUGGAAAUUUGAAGGCUACUGUUGGUGAUAGAGGAAAACAACCGGUCCGGUACAGCAUCGUCUCCGGAGACCCUGACCAUCGGUUCACGAUAGAACCCGUUUCGGGUUCCAUCAGAACUGCAGCCCAGCUGGACAGAGAAUCCACUGCAUCUUACCUGCUCAACGUUCGAGCAACUACAGGAAACCCAAGCAGCUAUGACCAAACUCAGGUUCAAAUUACCCUUGACGAUGUGAACGAUAACGCCCCCGAGUUCGGCACCACUUCGGUGAGAGUGUCGGUCGCAGAAUCCACAGCUGUCGGAUCUGUGGUAUACGCAGCUCGAGCUACUGAUAAUGAUAGUGGGAGGAAUGGACAGAUAACAUACACUCUGCUGUCGGCUACCGGCCCGCCGAACACUUUCGCCGUGAGCAGUCAGCACGGAAUGGUCACUUUACUGAGACCGCUGGAUUACGAGAACCUCGUUAGACACAGCCUAGUUAUAACAGCGAGGGACGCUGGCGCGCCGUCUCUCAGCUCAAACCUGUCGCUGGCAGUCGAUGUACAGGACGUGAAUGAUAAUCCACCAGUAUUUGAACAUGACACAUAUACGGCCAACGUGUUGGAAUCUGAACCUGUCAAUACCAAGAUAUUAGAAAUCCAGGCUGUCGAUAAAGAUACAGGGAAUAAUGCUCGCAUCACAUACAGAAUUGUAUCAGAUAACGCUACAGUCAAUGAUGAAUAUUUUAAAGUGGAACCUACUACAGGAUGGGUGUACCUAUCUAAACCACUUGAUAGAGAAACUGUAUCUAAACAUAGAAUGAUUAUAACAGCUACAGAUAAUGGUAUUCCACCGCUAUCUGCAACUGCUGUGCUUAUUGCUAACGUUAUGGAUGCAAAUGACAAUGAUCCUGUAUUUUCAAAGGCUCGAUAUGAGUUUCAUGUAGAGGAGAACCAGAAAGAUGGAGCAUUUGUGGGAAAGAUAGCUGCGACUGACGCGGAUAUAGCAGAGAAUUCAAUCGUGAGAUACAGCUUGUUUCCAAUGAAUACGAGUUUCAUUAUCAACCCAAUCACAGGAGUUUUAUCUACGAAAGAAGCUUUGGACCGUGAACACAAAUCAUCGUACUCAUUAUUUGCGGAAGCAAGAGAUCAAGGCAGUCUCCCGAGAUCUAGUCGAGUACCAGUAUCUAUUAAAGUUACUGAUGUCAAUGACAACUCGCCAGAAAUUAUUGAUCCAAGGGAGGAUGUCAUCAGUGUACGAGAGGAACAGCAGCCUGGAGCUGAAGUAGCUAGAGUAAAAGCUAUAGAUAGGGACAACGGCAUCAAUUCUUCAGUAACAUAUUCCAUCUUAAAUGAUGGGGACAUGGAUGGUGUAGGAGUAUUUGUCAUUGAUCCACAUACUGGAGUCAUAAAAACUAGUACAGUUCUUGAUCAUGAAGAAAGGUCAAUAUAUCGUUUAACUGUUGCGGCUACUGAUGGUGGCAUUCCUCCCAGACAAACAGUGAGGCAACUGAAGGUUGAAGUGCUAGACCUUAAUGAUAAUAGACCUACGUUUACAAGUUCAAGUCUCACCUUUAAAGUAAAAGAAGAUGCUAUAAUUGGUCACGUAGUGGGUACAGUCGCCUGCUGUGAUAGUGAUGUUCAGGAUAAUCUAAUAAAUAACGAUGAAGAAAAACAAAUAUCAUAUUUAUUGAUGCCGUUAACUACUGAUCAUUCACCUGGAACUUUUGAAAUUGACAGACGUACUGGUUCUUUAGUAGUGGCUAGACAACUAGAUAGAGAGAUCCAGGAAGAAUAUAGGCUAGAAGUUAGAGCAUUAGAUACAUCAGCAACUAAUAACCCUCAAAGCAGUGCUGUGACAGUGAAAAUAGAAAUUGCAGAUGUGAACGAUAAUGCUCCUCAGUGGCCUCAUGAUCCCAUAAAUAUUGAAAUAUCUGAAGUUACUCCUAUGGGUAUGAACGUUUAUAAUUUUACUGCUAAAGAUGCCGACGCUGGUGCCAAUGGAGAACUAAAUUUUCAUAUAGUUUCUUCAUUACCUACAACAAAACAUGUUUUUAAUCUAGAUCCUUUAACAGGAUCUUUGACGCUCACGUCAAACCUAGACUUUGAGACGUUGAAAGAAUAUUGGAUAGUCGUCGAAGCCACUGAUUUAGCUUCUAAUGUUUCUGAAAGAAUGACAACAUCUGCAACAGUUCACAUAUCAAUCACAGACGCAAAUGAUAAUAUACCAACUUUUGUAUCGGCAAAUAGAGUAUCGGUUUCCCUUAAUACUUUAACGGGUACAUUAUAUCAAGCCUUGGCUGUAGACGCAGAUUCUGGUGAUAAUGGGAGAAUAUCGUAUUAUAUUUCUAGUGGUAAUGACCACGCCUAUUUUUCUAUGGAAUAUGAUAAUGGAAAAUUAACUUUGUCAAAGAAGUAUGCAUCAGAUAUAAAUAGAGUGCGUCCUGGUCAGUACAUACUGAAUUUAACUGCUUCAGACCAUGGGAUACCAUUUCCAAGACAAAGUCAUAUGACACUUACAUUAAAUUUACAAGAAUCUACUAAUGUACCUCCUAGAUUUACGGACUCCUUGUAUAGGGCUAACAUAAGUGAAGACAUUCGACCCGGAAGUUUUGUAACAAGGUUAACAGCUAAAUCUUCUAGAGGAAAUACAGGAAAUUUGACUUACAUGAUACCGUCUGGAGUCGCUGACGAUAAAUUUACAAUAGACCAACGUCUUGGCACUGUUACUGUAAAAUCUAAAAUUGACAGAGAACAAAAAGAUCAUUAUGUAUUUCCAGUAUACGUAACAGAUUCCAGUACAUUCCAAUCAACUACCAACUUCGAUUUUGCUACUGUAACUAUCAGUAUUACAGACGUGAAUGAUAACCCACCAAGUUUCAAAUUAGGGUCUUGUUAUCCAAUAACGGUUCCAGAAAAUAACGAAGCAGAAGUUAUUCACACUGUUGUAGCAACAGAUAUGGACAUAGGAGCAAACGGCGUCAUAACGUAUAGCAUAACAUCUGGCAAUAAUGGAAACAAGUUUUCCAUUGAUUCGACUACAGGAAAGCUUACCGCCAAGACAUUAGAUCGUGAAACGCAGGCGAAAUACCAUUUGACAGUUACAGCUUUUGAUCAUGGCUCACCUAUCGCUCUACAAGGUUCUUGCAAUAUAACUGUACUUGUCGAAGAUCAAAACGAUAAUGAUCCUGUAUUUGAUACGGGUCACUAUUCAGCAGCAAUAUCCGAGGAUGCUCCUAUCGAUACCUCAGUAAUAAAAGUGAGAGCGACUGACGCUGAUUUGGGAUUCAAUAAGCGUAUCGUUUAUUCAUUGGCAAACGAAAGUCAAGGGCUGUUUAGAAUCGAUAAUAAAACGGGAGUAAUUUUUACUACUGGGUCGUUCGAUAGGGAAAAAACAAACGUGUACCACUUCGAAGCUGUUGCUACGGAUGAGGGUCGUUAUGUUGCUCGAUCUCAAAGGGUCUCAGUGGAAAUUACUAUUGAUGACGUAAAUGAUAAUAAACCGGUAUUCACGAAGUAUCCAUUCAGAGAACAAGUGGCUACUUUAACGCAACCAGGCCAAAUCCUUCUCCGUGUGUCUGCCACUGAUUAUGACAUUGGUACCAAUGCCGAAGUUCUUUAUGAACUAUUGGAUACGUCCAAUCAUAAAUUCCGCAUUAACCCUACAACAGGAGUACUCACAGCAACCCAAAGUCUUGCUAGCGAAAACGGCAGACUGAUUCAUUUGAAAGUUCUGGCCAAAGAUAAAGGAAACCCGCCUCAGAGCUCCAUUGGCCUUAUCGAGAUCCGAGUCGGAAAUUUUUCUGAUCAAACGCCGACAUUAAAUUUUCAAAACACCACCUACAAUGUCAGUAUCGAGGAAAAUAUGCAAUACGGCAAACAUGUUCUACACGUAACAGCUGUGCGCAGCGACGGUCGCCGGCAAAGGAUCUUUUAUGAAAUCGGAAAUGGAAACGAUCAAUAUGCCUUCGAAAUCGACUCUAACACCGGCGUAAUAAGGGUGAACAAUUCGGCAAAUUUGGAUUACGAAUCGUAUCCGGGCCCUAAGCGGCAACUCGUUGUGGUCGCGCGAACAGAAGGCUCGCCGGUCUUAUACGGUUAUUGCGACGUAAUAAUAAAUCUGCUCGACCAAAACGACCACGCGCCCAGAUUUACACAACAACAGUACAUAGCGAACGUUCUAGAGGGCAACGCUAAGGGCGAGUUUGUCGUGCAACUGGCGGCUAAGGACGGCGACCGCGGCGUGAACGCUCGGAUUCUGUACCACAUUGUCGACGGGAACCACGAUAAUGCGUUCGUCAUUGAACCGGCUUUCUCGGGAUCGGUUAAAACGAAUAUAGUGUUGGAUCGCGAGAUAAGGGAAACCUACAAGUUGACGGUUAUUGCUACCGAUGAGGGUAAUCCGCAGAUGACUGGCACAGCCACUCUGAGGAUCAACGUAGUAGACGUUAACGAUAACCAACCCACAUUCCCGCCACCAAACCACAUCUCGGUAUCAGAAGGAACGGAAAUUGGGUCUGUUCUUACAUCUGUCACGGCGAACGACGUGGAUACGUAUCCUCCACUUAAGUACUCGAUAUUACAUGGAGACAAUAGGUUUUCUAUAGAUCGAUACAGCGGGAAGGUUGUUCUUAAUAAACCAUUGGAUUUCGAAACAAAAAAGACGUAUCAAGUAAACAUAACAGCAUCGGACAGCGAGCACGUCGCCAAAACUACGCUUACAAUAAAAGUGACAGACGUAAAUGACAAUGCACCGGUGUUUGACGAAAUUUCUUACAAUAGAAUAUUACCCGAAGGCACCGGUACUCUAGAAAUUGGGUCAGUCAACGCCAGAGACAAGGAUAGUGGUGAUAAUGGCAAGAUAUCAUAUUCGAUUCUCCGGCCGACUAAUGGUUUCUACAUCGAUGCGACCUCUGGUGCUCUAUUCGUCAACUAUAGUACUCUACCUGCCAAUCAGAGAGACACGCAGCUGGCUGUAGUAGCUACAGAUCAUGGGAAGCCUAACAAGAGUUCAGUGGCUGCAGUCAGGAUUAAUACUGGUGCUUCUUCAGAGAUAAAGCCGUUUAUUGGGCAGGAUACCUAUAGGAUCACCGUAAACGAAGACACAGGAAAAGGCUCUUCGCUUCUACAAAUUGGCGGUAUCAAUGAUGUUCUGAAGAAAUAUAACUUGGACUUUCACAUAAUAUCUGGAAAUGAAGGAAACACAUUCGAUGUCAACGCAGAAGGAGCACUUACCCUUAUUAAUAGGCUGGAUAGAGAAUCUCAAGAUUCUUAUAUAUUAGGAUUAGCUGCAGUGGAACAAGGAAAAAUACUUUCUAAUAAUCAAAAUAAAACAUCUGUUACGAUUUUCGUGACAGUUACAGACUCUAAUGAUAAUGCUCCUAUCUUUUCUACUAAUGAUUUCGAAUUAACAGUUAGCGAAGAUGUUAAAAUUGGAUAUACCUUAACUCAGUUAUCUGCAACGGAUGGUGAUUUAUAUGGAACAUUAAAUUCUGCUGUGGUUUACAAUAUAACCUCGGGAGAUGACAAUAACUACUUUUAUAUUCAUCCAAUCACAGGCGUUUUAACUGUUAAUAAGUCACUUGAUUAUGAUGUUGGAAAUACCGUAUAUAAACUUAUAGUAGUAGCUUGUGAUCAAGGAGUACCAUCAUUGUGUAAUACAGCUUAUGUAAAAGUUGAUAUUAUCGACGAAAAUGAUAAUGCACCGACAUUCCCUGUUAAUGAAUAUUUUGAGACUAUUGGAGAGAAUGAAAGAGUAGGCACUUCUGUUUUUACAGCAAGAGCAACAGAUUUAGAUAAAGGAAAAUACGGAAAACUUAACUAUUCGAUUUUACCUGCAUCUGCUAAUUAUAAUAGGAAUGAGGACUCAUGGAAAAUGUUCCAAAUUGAUUCAUCAUCUGGAUUAGUAAAUACCAACGCAGUUUUUGAUUACGAGCAAAAGAAUAAAUAUGAAUUUACCAUAAAAGCUUCAGAUUUAGGUGGCAAAACUUCUACAGUAAAAGUAAGAAUAGAUGUGGAAAGUCGAGAUGAAUUUUAUCCUCAAUUUACACAAAAGACGUAUAAUUUUGGUAUACCAAAAUCAGGACCAUUGCCAUCUGGUUACGUUAUAGGACAAGCUACUGCUACAGAUAGAGAUAAAGGAAUAGAUGGGCGGAUAGUCUAUCAGCUAUCUACUUCCCAUUCAUUCUUUAAAAUUAAUAGGACAACUGGUGUUAUAAUUUUGAAGAAAAAAGUGGAAUCUGUGUCAAGUCUUUUUAGAUCUGACAAAUCUGUUAGCUUAGUAGUUACUGCUAGUUCUGGAAGACAAGGUUCAUUAACAAAUAAGACUGCAGUUGAAAUUCUACUAGAUCCUCUCGCUGUAGUAUCAGAUAGUAAUUCUUUAAACGAUACAACUUCUGCUUCAAGCGGUGGACUAUCUGAUUGGGCUCUAGGAUUGUUGAUUGCAUUUAUAUUUAUUAUAAUAAUAUUUGCUGCCGCAUUUUUAUUUCUACACAUGAAAAACAAAAGACAUAAAAAAGUCAAUAAGCCUGGCUUGAGUUCUGAAGGAGUAGGCGCUGCUAACAGUUACGUAGAUCCAAGUGCCUUUGAUACAAUCCCUAUCAGAAAUACAGGAACUGUGUCAGGAAAUCAAUUUGCUCCACCAAAAUAUGAUGAAAUUCCUCCUUAUGGUCCUCAUACAGCGAGUUCUAAUUCAGGAGCAGCAACCACUUCAGAACUUUCAGGAUCUGAUCAGUCAGGUUCCAGUGGUCGUGGUUCUGCUGAAGAUGGUGAAGAUGGCGAGGAUGAAGAAAUUAGAAUGAUCAACGAAGGUCCUCUCCAAAGAGAAUCCGGUAUGCAUAGACAAACAAAUGGAGUGGACGACGAUAAUUUGUCUGAUGUCUCAGUUCAUAAUACUCAAGAAUAUUUGGCUAGGUUAGGAAUAGUUGAUACCGGUACUGGUGGAGGAGCCUCGACCUCUUCAAGAAGAUGUUCUGAGAAUGUGGGCAAUAAAGACACAAUGUUACAUCAUGGAGCUAUAGACUCAAUGCAUAUGUUUGAUGAAGAUGGCGGACAUGAAAAUGACAUAACAAAUCUUAUAUAUGCCAAAUUAAAUGAAGUCACAGGUAGUGAAAGAGCCAGUAGUGCUGAUGAAGCUAGUGCAGCUGUAGAUAGAGCUAUGGCAUUAGGAGCCUUUCCUAAUGCUCCAGGUGACAAUACAGCAGUACCGACAGCUGGACCGUCAAUGACUGGCAGUCUAAGUUCGAUAGUACAUUCCGAAGAAGAGCUUACGGGUAGUUAUAAUUGGGACUAUCUCCUUGACUGGGGACCGCAAUAUCAGCCAUUAGCUCAUGUAUUUUCGGAAAUAGCUCGUUUGAAAGACGAUGCAGUUUCACUUCAGAGCGUUAAUAGUGGUGCAUCUAGUGCUAAGAGUAAAGGUACAUCAAUAUCUGGAGGAAAAAGUGUUCCACCUCCAUUAUUAACCACAGUAGCUCCUAGAAGCUGUCCGGCUCCUUCUUUGUCUUGCAGACAGCCUCAGCACCUAUUACCUAGAUCUCCUAUAAGUCAUGACGUACCUGGCGGUUUCUCAGCAGCUGCUGCUAUGUCUCCAUCUUUCUCUCCUUCACUCUCACCAUUAGCAACGAGAUCUCCUUCUAUGUCGCCUCUAGUAGGCCCAGGUCUUCCGCCAGCUUCUACUAGUAGAAAACCUCCACAUUCCACCAUGAGGAUAUGAAAAUAUUGUAAUGUUUCCUAGUAUUUUGUACAUAUUGUAACGAAUAGUAUCUCAUAAGUAUUUUAAUACUAUUUAUUGAUUACCGAUGUGAUCGGUCUAGUAUCAUUUCUCAUUUUGUGCAUUGAUAUAGGACUGUCUUGAAUGUGCUCAAAGUGAUGUAUUAAGCGCUUAUUACCGAUUUUUACGGUAAAUGUAUAUAAAAAUUUAUUCGGGUUAACUUUAUUGUUAAUAUUAGUCUAUAUAUAUACGUAUUAGUGCCUUGUACAAUUUAAAAGAAGACUGCCAUGAUUAUAAUUAUAAAACAAACAGCUUUACUCUAAGCUAUAAGAAUAUGCAAUUUUUAUGUAAGAUUUAUAGAGAUGUAUUUUUAUAAAAUGCAUUCGAAAACUUUGAAGGAAUUUUGUAUUUCGUAUCACAAUAUUAUGUGAUUUCUGGAAAAUCUUUUAUGUAAAGACGUUAUUGUACUGUGAUUUUCGUCUAAGUAUCGAAAAUAUCGGAGGGUCUGUUAAGAAUUACUUGGCAAUGAGAAUGUUGUUAGUUUUACUAAAGUGCCAAACAAUUCUGAAUGGAUGUGUGAUGUAUAUAAUGUCUAUAUUAUUAUUUUUAAGUCCAGACUAUCAGCGGAGUGUAC